CUGGCUAAAGUUUCGAGCCAAACGCACCUUUCCUCCUUCGAAAAAAAAUCAGGGUCACUGCCUCCUCGCGUCUCCACCCAAACCAAAAGCAAUCGCACCGCCCACCACAUCUUCGAAAUGGCAAUUGAACACAGCACACCCAAUGCGUGAAGACUGUAGGGAAGAACGAUCCACUCUUCAAGACGCAUAGAUUGUAGGAUUAGUGUGUGCUCCGGGGGUUUUGAUUAGGUUUUAAAGUAAUAUGGCUAGAAAGUACAGUAGUGAGUCUUCGGAUUCUGAGAAAAGAAAUGCACAUAAACGUGAUGACAAGCGAGGUGAACGCCACCGUGAUGAUAAAGAUAGGGACAGAGCCAAUGGUAGUAAGGAUAUGUUGGAUUCUGAUAAAAGAAGUAGAAAACAGCAUGAGAGACGAGAUGAGCAUAAUGGUUUUGAUAAGGAUAGGGAAAGAGUAAACGAGAAGGAUGUUAGGGAUGGAGAUGGUAGGUCGCUAAGUGAGCAUGUAGGGCGUAAGCAAUCUCGGCAAAGUUCUGAAGAAGAUGGUGAGUGGGUAGAGAGAGACUGGGGCAGGCAAGAAAGAGAGCGAACCCAUCGACAUGAGGGGAAGAGGCGUGGAGAAAUGGGAGAGCUUGAUAAGGUGAAAGAAUCUUAUCCAAGUUCUGAUGAAUAUGAUAGGCGAUUUGAGAGAGAGAAGCAAGAAAGAAAGAGAUCCCACCGGCAUGAAGGUGGGCAUAGACAACGGGAAACAGAGGGUGCCAGUAGAAAAAAGGACUGGCAUGCACGUCAUGAUUCAGAGGACGACAAUGACAGGAAAGCACGUAGAACUUCAGAACGACGAAAGGAUAAUACUGAACAACAGAAAGAUAGUCAGAAUUUUAGGAGUAAAGAUGGUAGAGAUGGCCAGGUGCUGGAAGAAUCAAAACCUCAGAGACAGCCAAGAUUGCAAGAAGGCAACGUGAAUGCUGACACUUCAAAUUUGGGCAAGAGUGGUGGAGUUUAUAUUCCACCAUUUAAGUUGGCUCGAAUGAUGAAAGAGGUUGAGGAUAAAAGUAGUGUUGAGUAUCAGCGGUUGACAUGGGAUGCCCUUCGGAAGAGUAUAAACGGGCUUGUCAACAAGGUUAAUGCUGCUAAUAUAAAGAAUAUAAUUCCAGAACUCUUCUCAGAGAAUCUGAUCCGGGGAAGGGGUCUUUUCUGCCGGUCAUGUAUGAAGUCACAGAUGUCAUCUCCAGGUUUCACAGAUGUGUUUGCUGCACUGGUUGCUGUUGUCAACACCAAGUUUCCCGAGGUGGGGGAUCUUCUUCUGAGAAGGAUUAUUUUGCAGCUCAAGAGAGCAUACAAGCGUAAUGACAAGCCGCAAUUACUAGCUGCUGUUAAGUUUAUUGCUCAUCUAGUGAAUCAGCAAGUGGCUCAUGAGAUUAUUGCAUUAGAGUUGCUCACAGUGCUGCUUGAGAAUCCAACUGAUGACAGUGUUGAGGUAGCUGUCGGCUUUGUCACAGAGUGUGGAUCAAUUUUGCAAGAUCUCUCGCCUAAAGGCUUGCAUGGAAUAUUUGAGCGUUUUCGUGGAAUUCUUCAUGAAGGGGAAAUAGAUAAACGGGUACAAUUUCUGAUUGAAGGGCUAUUUGCUGUAAGAAAAGCAAAGUUUCAGGGAUACCCUGCCGUUCGUCCUGAUCUAGACCUUGUAGAGCAGGAAGAUCAGUUAACGCAUGAGGUCUCUCUCCAAGAUGAAAUAGAUCCAGAGAUUACACUCGAUAUAUUCAAGGCAGAUCCUGAUUUCCUCGAGAAUGAGAGACGCUAUGAAGAAGUUAGGAAAACCAUUCUGGGUGAGGAGUCUGAGGAUGAAGCUGGUUCAGAUGCAGGUUCAGAUGAUGACGAGGAUGAUGCUGAUGAUGACGAAUCUGAGGAAGAGGAUGAGCAGCAGAUGAAAAUCAAGGAUGAAACAGAGACAAACCUUGUAAAUCUUCGGAGGACAAUCUACCUCACUAUUAUGUCUAGUGUAGAUUUUGAGGAGGCUGGUCAUAAGCUCCUGAAAAUCAAACUAGAGCCAGGUCAAGAGAUGGAAUUGUGCAUUAUGCUUUUGGAAUGCUGCAGUCAGGAGAGAACUUACCUCCGAUAUUAUGGUCUUUUGGGCCAGCGGUUCUGCAUGAUCAACAAAGUUCACCAGGAAAACUUUGAGAAAUGCUUUGUCCAGCAGUAUUCCAUGAUUCACCGGCUUGAAACAAAUAAGCUGCGAAAUGUGGCAAAGUUUUUUGCACAUCUACUCGGCACAGAUGCUCUGCCUUGGCAUGUCUUAGCCUAUAUACGUCUAACUGAGGAGGAUACCACUUCUUCUUCCCGUAUAUUUAUUAAGAUUCUAUUUCAGGAAUUGUCAGAGCAUCUGGGCAUCCGUCUGCUGAAUGAACGGCUUUCAGAUCCAACAAUGCAGGACUCGUUUGAAUCUAUAUUCCCGAGGGAUAAUCCCAAGAACACAAGGUUUUCAAUUAACUUUUUCACAUCCAUUGGGCUUGGAGGCAUCACAGAGAAUUUACGAGAGUACCUGAAGAAUAUGCCACGCCUCAUUAUGCAACAAGAGCAGGCAGUGUCAGACUCUGAAUCUGAUGGUGAAUCUGAUAGUUCUGAUAAUUCAGACACAGAGACGGCUAGUUCUGAGACACAAUCAGAUUCAAGUUCAGAUGAGAGUGAAAAGGAUGAUAGACGGAGGAAGCGGAGGAGAAAAUAAAAGGGAAUGGUGCAUUAGAGUCGACAACACACCAGGAAGCUUUGAAUAUGUUGUAUUUAUAUUGCACUGUAGUUCUAUGUCAAUGUUUGUGCAUCUUUUGAAUAUUUUGUACCGGCAAGUUUUCACUGUCGAGCUCUGUAGAAGUUCCUUUCUCUAAUGCAAGGUUGCUUGUUGCUAUUUUA